ACAACACUUGUGGCCUAAAAUCUCAACCUCAGUUCAUCUAUAAAUAUCACCUAUACCAUUCUCCUCUGCAUCUCAAUAUCUCCUCGGUUCAAACAAUUCUCUUAAUCCUUUUUGCUCUUCAUUUGAUCAUUUUUUUCAAGUCAAAAAAUCACAAUGGGAGUUUUCACCUAUGAAACCGAGUUCACCUCGGUCAUUCCCCCACCUAGACUGUUCAAGGCUUUCAUCCUCGACGCCGAUAACCUUAUCCCGAAGCUUGCUCCACAAGCAGUGAAGGGCAUUGAAAUCCUUGAAGGAGACGGAGGCGUUGGAACCAUUAAGAAAAUUACCUUCGGCGAAGGCAGCCAAUUGGGGUUUGUAAAGCACAUAAUCGAUGGGAUUGACAAGGACAAUUUUGUAUACAGCUACACUUUGAUUGAAGGAGAUGGUUUGUUGUCUGACAAAAUUGAGAAGGUAGCUUAUGAGACCAAAUUGGUGGCAUCUCCUGAUGGGGGAUCCAUCGUCAAAAGUACCAGCCAUUACCAUGCUAAGGGCGAUGUUGAAAUCAAGGAGGAGCAAGUUAAGGCUGGCAAGGAGAUGGCUUCCGGUCUCUUCAAGCUUGUUGAAGGCUACCUCUUGGCCAACCCUGAUGCCUACAACUAAAUCUGAAGUUAUUCAUAUUUGUAAUAUGCUUGAGUUCCCAGCUUACCAGCUGAAGGUGUGAUGGGUACGCUUAAAUAUUUCUUCACAAGUUGUUCAUGGUACUAGUAGAUUGAAUAUCUAUAUGUUGUAAUGUACGUAUUCUAUAAUAAUUCGAUCGGUAUUAUCUUUAAUAAAAAUAAAUUAAUAUUAAAUA